AUGGUAGCCAUAGACAUGAAGGUCCAGAUCAUUCACAGAGAAACAAUAAAACCAUCUUCUCCAACUCCUCACCAUCUCAAAACUCACAAGCUCUGUCUUGUUGAUCAGCUUGCUCCGGUUAUGUAUGUUCCAUUGCUACUUUUCUAUCCCAAUUCUAAUGGUCUUUCUAUAUCAGAAAAAACAAAGCUUCUGAGGAAUACUCUGUCACAAACACUCACCCUCUUUUACCCUUUAGCAGGAAGAAUCUCAACAGAUUUUUCCUCCAUAGAUUGUAAUGACAAUGGUGCUGAAUUCAUAGAGGCCAAAACCAACUGCAAAAUGGCAAAGAUCAUGGAAAAACCAGAUGAGUAUUAUCUCCGACAAUUUCUUGCAGCUGAGCCUGAAAGCAAAGAAGCAAGCAAAAGCUAUCUUCUACUUGUCCAGGCCACUUUCUUCCAAUGUGGUGGAAUGGUAAUUGGGUUGAGCUUUUCGCAUAACGCCAUGGAUGCAGCCUCAUUGUCAACAUUCCUCAACACCUGGUCCGCAAUUGCUCUUGAAUCUGGUGAGUUUUCGGUUCCUGAAUUCGGUGCUGGAUUGCUUCUCCCACCUGCAGACUUGUCAAACAAUAUCAACUCUGAGCCUCCUUCUGUGGAACUUGUUCAUGGAAACUUUACAACAAGAAGGUUCGUGUUUGAACCCGAAAAGAUUGCUUCUCUGCAGUCUAUAGCAGCCAGUGAAAAGGCGAAAAACCCAACACGAGUCGAAGCAGUUUGUGCACUCAUUUGGAAAUCAGCAAUCCAAGCAAGCAGAUCAAACAGAGGUAACUCUGUUAGGCCCUCUGUUUUCUGUCAAACUAUGAAUCUUCGAUGGAGAACUAUACCGCCUUUGGCAAAGAAUAUCAUUGGGAAUCUCGUGGCCAAUUUUACAACAGUGGUAGAAGAAAGUGAAAUUGAUUUGGAAAACUUGGUUGCUAAGCUGAGAGAAGGGAUUGAAGAAGUUAAAGAAAGUUAUGGUAGGGGACUUGAUGUGAAAGAGGUACAGAAAGCACUUGAAAAGUGUGGAAAUUUGAUAAAGAAAGAUGGAAUUGACAAUUACAAUUGUACCAGUUGGUGUAGAUUUCCAUUUUACAAAGCAGAUUUUGGAUGGGGAAAACCAGAUUGGGUGAGUAUUUGUAAAAUGGAAUUCAAGAAUUUUGUUUUUAUGAUUGAUACAAAAGAUGGAGAUGGAAUUGAAGCUUGGUUGAUUCUUAGUGAAGAAGAUAUGGAAUUAGUUGAAAGAAACCAAGAGCUUCUUGCUUUUGCUCUCUUAAAUCCAAGUAUCACUUAG